UUGUUGUCAGGAAGAGGCUGAAAUCAGUGCGAUGCGGUUGGUCCAGGCUGAGAAGCCGAAAUGCCUGAUAAGUGAAUUGCGCCAACCACAUAUAUUCCAGCAAAUAAAAAACCCCAAAUCAGCGAUAUUUUGGCGUUUAUCUUCGAUAUGUCUGCGGGACUACCACACCCGAGCUGGACCGAAUGCUGACGCGAGAUAAUAGGGAUGCCAGGGCGGUGAUAAUUUUUUUUGAUGCGCUCCUGAAAAGCUGCUUUGCACCUAGGACACUAUAUCACCUCCGACCAUGGCAUUGGUGACCCUGCAACGCUCCCCGCCGCCCAUCGCAGGGAAGGAUUUGGCGAGUGAUGAUCAGAAAACAGAUUCUAGCUUCUGCGAAAGUUUUAUUAUGGUGAAGGGGGCAGCCCUCUUUUUACAGCAGGGUGGCAGUGCUAAUUGUCCGAAAACACAGACGCAUCAAGAAAAUACAGGUGAUCUACCACAACACCUGCAAGUGAUGCUUAACACCCUCCGCUGUGAGGACAGGGUGAAACUGGCUGUAAGAUUGGAGAGCAGCUGGUCAGAUCAUAUACGCUACAUGGUGGCUGUUGACACAAACAGUCAUCAGGACAAAGAGGAGAGCAUACUGGUUGGUAUGGACUUUACAACUAAAGACAAUAAAAGUUGUUCCAUUGGGAUGGUUCUGCCUUUGUGGAGUGACACCAAAAUCAACCUUGAGGGGGAUGGAGGCUUUAGCAUCAGAACUGCUGGGAGGUCCCACAUCUUCAAGCCUGUAUCCAUGCAAGCCAUGUGGUCAGCUUUGCAGGUGCUGCAUAAAGCAUGCGAAGUGUCCCGUCGGUAUAACUAUGUCCCUGGCAGCACUACAUUCUCCUGGAUAAGCUUUUAUGAGAGCCGUAUCUCCUCCAAACAGAGUUGCGUCAAUGAAUGGAACACCAUGAGCAACCUGGAAACCCCCAGGCCUGAAUCCCCUGUCAUGUUCUCCGACCAGCUAAGCAAGAGGGAAAGGACAGAGAGCUUAAUUAGGACCAAACUGCAAAGCAUAAUGAUGUUUCAGGACCUGGAAAAUGUGACAUCGAAGGAGAUCCUAAAUGAGUUGGAGCAGCAUGUGAGCUGGAACCAGCGAGAGUACAAGGAGUUUAUUGACAACGAGAUGCUGCUCAUCCUCAGCCAAAUCUACAAAGCCACACUGAUCUUCGACUACCUUUACCUGGGCACGGAAUGGGACGCCUCCAACCUUGAAGAGCUCAGAGAGUGCGGGAUUGGCUACAUCCUUAACAUGACACGGGAAAUUGACAACUUUUUCCCAGAAUUUUUUUGCUAUUACAACGUCCAUGUGUUUGAUGAUGAGUCAGCAGAUCUGCUGGCUCACUGGAACGAAACCUACGACUUCAUAAUGAGAGCAAAAGAGAACAACUCUAAAUGUCUGGUGCAUUGUAAGAUGGGAGUGAGUCAUUCAGUGUCCACGGUCAUUGCCUAUGCUAUGAAAGAGUACGGCUGGUCACUGGAGAAGGCAUGUAAUUUUGUAAAAAAGAAGCGGAUCAUAGCACAACCCAGUGCAGCAUUCAUGAAGAAGCUGGCCGACUAUGAGGGCAUUUUAGAAGCAAGCCAGCAGAAGCUUAACAAAGCCUGUCAGCCAUGCGGAGACCACAACUCACUUGAACACAUCCCAGCAGUGGGUGCUAGUGGUGCACGGUCUCCCAGAAUCUCGGCAUUGAUGCCUGAACCAGAGCAAUGCCCAUGGGGUCACGAUGCCAGAGUGUCACCCUGCUGCUGGGAUGAGCCCUCACACCACCUCAACUACAACUACUACUUCCGGCGUCUCUCAGAUGCGGCACUAGACAGUGAGCCAUCCACUCCAGUCCGCUGCCUACCACUGCUGCCCACUGAGCGUGUCUUCAUCGAGGUUGAGGAUGUGGAGCGUGAUGCCCUGCUUGAAGAUAACAGCCUCCCUGUGGCCCAGUUGGUGCCUCUCACAGAGGGAACGGCUGCGCAAACACUGGAAGAUAUGCGCCUGCGGUUGGAGUUUAGCACUGUGGAGGAGGAGGAUGAAGAAGAAGCACAGAAAGAGGAGGCUGAGAUGGCAGCUUUGGCCAAUAAGAACUGCUUUGGCAAUGAGAAUGCGAACAACAGCAACCGGCUUGCCACCAAACGGAGCUGCCCUUCUAGCUUUGAUGACAGUGCUAGCAGCGGAAAGCCUCACAAAGUGAAGCCCUCUUAUCAGUCCAGUAUGCGUCUGAUGAACAGGCGCCAUGCUCAUUGCCAUAACCUGCCAAGCCAUGCUCGCAUAUCCAUCCAGAACCCUCUUGCCUGUCAGUACCAGUCAUGUGGAGUCUGCUGCUGUUGCCCUCAGUGCUCUUGCUGUGUUCCCACUGCACCCACCAUGCACACAAUUAGCCUAGACUCUUAUUGCCAGUGCUUGAACACCCCCAUGAGCAGUGAAGACCUUUCCCGGAACCUCCUGUGCACUCUAGGGCCAAAGGUCAAGGAUGAGCUUCAGGAGAUGGAGGAAGAGGAGGAAAGCCCAAAGUUGUCAAUGUCCACUGGUUCCACUGCAGAGCUCAGUGUUUUGAAUCUAAGCUUGCAGAGAGAGAGAUCCAGAAUUGUGGGACCUGACACUCAGCUCCAGCAGUGAGAGUGUUGGUAGACAGUUGUAGAUGCUGGCAUGCCUACCUGGACUCACAACAGUGCCUGGGUUCAAAUGCUGUAACUCUGUCAGAACCUGGCAACUUGGCCAUCUCCAGACAGGAAAGUAUGAUUUAUGCCCCCUGCUGUGAUGGGAAUAAUUAUUCAACUUCCACUGCCCAUGUUUUAACUACUCCAUUUCUGCACACCUUCCCAGGUUAUCAUUUGGUCAAACCUUCUAAAUUGCUUUCAUGGUUUCAACUUGUGUGUGGUUCGCUAGCAUACUAAAAGAUUACCAGCUGUGACUUGAACUUGUUCUUAUGAGACAUAUUAUGAAUGCAAUCAGUCUGCAUUUGGACCUUAAGCCUUUCAAAGGCCAUUCCAUUUCAAGAUAAUUCCUGUAGUUGAAUUUGUUCCAUUUUCUUAUCUCUAUUUGUACUGCAAGUUUCAAUGCUGUUUUAAUGCUUAAAAUUUUAUUUUUUAAACCCCAGUUGAUUGGUGCCACAAGCUUGUCCUAAUGUUAGACUUUCUCUAGAUCAAGUUGUCUGUCUCAACAUAGCCUAUUUGACUUAAUGAGGAUGAGCCUGCAGGAGCAUGUUUUGUCAUCACAAAUAUUCAGUCUGUGUGGUUAGUGACAGUUCUGUUAUUUAGCAUUGUUCUAAUUGUACAAGCCCAAAUAUUUAAUGUAAUUGUUGCAUAAUUAUGAAUAGUAUAAAAAAAAGCUUUAAAAAAAGUGUCUGAAAGUAAUUAUAGCAAUAGAAUCCUCAUGAUAAAUGCUUCUAAUGUAUGAUCCCUUAUUUAACUUUACAUAACAUUUAAGCUAGUGACUUUAAAAUAUGUUCCUUGUUGACAGCAAUUUGUGACACACAAUCUAAAGCUAUAAGAGAUAAAUGGGGGUGAAAAAAGGUGAAACUCAGUACAUACUGCUAAAAUGUUGAAUUCUUUAAGAAGACAAAGGUGGCAUGUUUGCACAUUCUGUAUAAUGGAGUCAAAAUAUGGUUUCUAAUAUUACCAAGAACAAUUAUAUAAUAUUUUGUUACGUUCUCUUAGUCUAGGGGUUGGGGAGGA